UGUCACUUUUGAUCAACAUGGUGACGGAGGGUACUCACUUGUGUCAGUGUUACUCUUAUUUCUCUGCUCCUACUCGCUCCACCGCCUCUACGCAGAGCUGGUUGAGGAACCUCCUGCUGGUUCUGUUAACGCUGCACUUGGCACCAUGGCCCCACCGGAACUUGGUCGUGGCCGCCGCGUCCUCCAGCGAUGCUGACAGGCUUCACUCGGCCCUGCUAGAGCUGACGACUGUGCUACGCGGGCUGAGGAGUGACUUGAGGGACGGCUUUGACCACCUGGCGAGUGAGCUGCACCAGGAGCGUCUCUCCAGAGAGGAGCUCACCCACAUCCUCAGAGACCAGGUUAACGAUAACCGCCGAGCCUUGGAGAAUGUACGGUCAGACAUCACCUUCCUGUCAACCACCACUGGGGAUGGAUGUCCCGGCAACCCUAGUGACGGUGCUGGAGAGAGGGACAAGACAGUGCUGGGGAGGGAGGACGGCGUAGGUAGCAACCACGGAACCAUCGACAACAACACCGCCAGAGGAGGAGGAGGAGGUGCUGGUGGUGAAGAGGAGGCCGCCACACAACCACCCCCCACAAUAGACUGCCCGGCGCCUUUCGAGCUCGUGGGGUCAGACUGCUUGACACUGUUGAAGGAGAGGACGCUAUGGGAGGCUGCCCGUGCCCGGUGCCACAGCUACGCCCUCAGCGUGGUGGGCAAAUGGACAGGGUCACGUCAGGUCAGGGGUGAUCUGGUGGUGCCCCACGACAUGGAGCCCUUCAAGGACUUCGUCGCCGCCACUGACUUCGACGGCGCGCCCUCGGGUUGGGCGUGGGUUGGAGGAUCGACGGAAGGUUGGGGUGGCGUGUGGGCGUGGGUGGACGGGUCGCUGAUGAAGGAGCUGCCGUGGCUGUACUCCCAGAGGACUGGAGGGGGAGUUGCUCGCCGUGGACAGUGACGCCAUGUUCCACACGCCCCACAGGAGGAUGGCGCUCUGGCCCAUCUGUCAGCUCAGGUAGUCCCCCUUCACCCCUUUUCCUCAAUCCCCCUUAACCCUUUUCCUUUCCUUCUACCCCAUCGUCAUCACCUAAACCUCUUCCCUUUAUACUCUCCUCUUACCCCUUCUGUCCCACCCCUCCCUUCUCCCCUCCUACCCCAUUCCUCACCCUCCCCUUCUCCCUUCUACCCCAUCC